AUGGCUUACUAUCUUAGUUGUUGUGUUUACCCCGUGUUUGAGUGCUGGCGUCUUCCUCGGUCGGAUCCUACCCUGUACGGAGAGCUGCAAUCACCCCAGUACCCUCAGCCGUACCCCGGGGGUCUGACAGAGACUUGGGACCUCCAGGUGCCCGAGGGCUUCCAGAUUCAGCUCACCUUCACACACUUGGACAUCGAGCCUUCCGCAAACUGUUACUACGACGCCGUGACGGUUCUGCACGACCAGAAGAUCCUGGGGAGGUUCUGCGGCCAGGAAAACUCUGCUGAUGGCCAUCACCCCGGCAACCAGCCUAUCUUGUCUCCGGGCAACAGGCUCACCCUUGUUUUUCAGUCAGACGAAACUAACCCUGAGCUGCACCAGCCGAUUGGCUUCUCUGCUCACUACCAGGCCAAAGACAUAGAUGAGUGUUCAGCUCCCGCCCCUGAGGACGGGACAGGUCCACUCUGCUCUCAGCUCUGCCACAACACCCUGGGCUCCUACCUCUGCUCCUGUCACCAUGGCUACAACCUCAGACCUGACCAGCGCACCUGUGUGUUAUCCUGUGGCGGGGGUAUUUUCGAUGAGCCUGAGGGGGGCGUUACCAGUCCGGGGUACCCUGAGCCUUCCCCCCUCGGAAUGUCCUGUCAGUAUGUCAUCUCUGUGGAGCUUGGCUUUACCGUGACCCUCAACUUCACCAGCGACUUUCACAUAGAGAGCAUAGACACCCAACAAGGACACAACUGUAUGUACCACUGGCUUCAGGUGACUAUCCCUGGCAGGGAGACCCAGAAGUUAUGUGGGGAGCAGAGUCCAGGACUGGUGCUGACCAACUCCAAUAAUGUCAAGCUGGACUACCGAACAGACUGGGCUGGGCUGAGCAGAGGCUGGAGGCCUGCAGUACAGCACCCAGAGGGUUCAGUGCGACCCCCCCAGUGCUGUGGUCCAUGGUCGAGUAACUCCAGUCUUCAAAGAAUACUUCUACAGAGAUUACAUCCAAGUGCGCUGUGACCAGGGCUAUAAACUCAUGAGGGAUGGUAAAGAGAUCCACAGUUAUUCAUCCAUGUGUCAGAACAACGGACAGUGGCACCUCUCUCUUCCAGAGUGCCAAAUACUGGACUGUGGGAGGCCUGAGCCGUUACUGAACGGAGGGGUGACGUUCAUAUCUGGAGCCGAUAACCAGUACCUCUCAGUCAUCCAGUACCACUGUAACGAGCCACACUACGCCUUUCUGGAGGCCGCAACAGUGAGCUAUACGUGUGCAGCGGACAGGAAGUGGAGACACGGCCAGGGCAGCCCCGUCAUCCCUACGUGCAUACCAGUGUGUGGACGGCCCUCUGAGUCCCUCUCAAAGACUCACGGCCGGAUCCUAGGAGGCAAUGAGGCCCCUGAAGGCUCCAUCCCUUGGCAGGUGUUGCUGAGUGUGGACGGCAAUAGAGGAGGGGGGAUGGUGGUUGGAGACCGCUGGGUCAUGACUGCGGCGCAUAACUUAUUCAAAGAAAAUGGUGCUCCAAUGCUAAAUGAAGUUAAGGUUUUCAUGGGAGGUAAUAAUGCUGUAGAAAUCAGUAAACACCCUCCAGCUGCUGUAAGUUCUCUUCACCUGCACCCAGACUACCACAACCCC